GCCCGGCCCCGACUCCUAUCCAAUCAGUCAAGCACAGCGCAGGCAGCUCGCCCCGGUUCCGCUCCAUCUCUUGGGUACAAUUGUCUCCAUGGCCGGCGUGGACGCGCACGGAGCGUCGGGGCGGCUGGAGAGCAUCCUGACGGACGCGUCGACCCCGCUGGCGCGGCGCGCGUGGGCGGCGGCGGCGAUCGAGCUGCGAUUGCUGACGCGGCUGGCGGCGCCGGCGGUGGUGAUGUACAUGAUCAACUACCUCAUGUCCAUGUCGACGCAGAUCUUCUCUGGCCACCUAGGCAACCUCGAGCUCGCCGCCGCGUCGCUCGGCAACACCGGCAUCCAGAUCUUCGCCUACGGACUCAUGCUGGGCAUGGGCAGUGCAGUGGAGACACUCUGCGGGCAGGCCUACGGCGCACAGAAGUACGAGAUGCUCGGUACCUACCUGCAACGCUCCGCCGUGCUCCUGUGCGGCACCGGCGUUCCUCUCGCCAUCAUCUACGCCUUCUCGGAGCCAAUCCUGCUGUUCCUCGGACAGUCACCGGAGAUCGCCCGCGCCGCGUCCAUCUUCGUGUACGGCCUGAUCCCGCAGAUCUUCGCCUACGCCAUCAACUUCCCGAUCCAGAAGUUCAUGCAGGCGCAGAGCAUUGUCUUGCCAAGUGCGUACAUAUCAACUGCCACGCUCGCGCUGCACCUGCUGCUGAGCUGGGUCAUCGUCUACAAGGUCGGGCUAGGGCUGCUGGGAGCAUCACUGGUGCUGAGCCUGAGCUGGUGGGUCAUCGUUGCUGCGCAGUUCGCCUACAUCGUGAUGAGCCCCAAGUGCCGGCACACCUGGACCGGGUUCACCUGGCAGGCCUUCUCCGGUCUGUGGGACUUUCUCAAGCUCUCGGCCGCGUCGGCCGUGAUGCUUUGCCUUGAGACCUGGUACUUCCAGGUUUUGGUGCUCAUUGCCGGGUUGUUACCGAACCCUGAGCUUGCCUUAGAUGCGCUCUCUGUAUGCAUGACUAUUUCUGGGUGGGUGUUCAUGAUCUCGGUAGGAUUAAACGCUGCUGCUAGUGUGAGAGUCAGCAAUGAGCUUGGUGCCGGCAACCCAAAGUCUGCAUUUUUUUCGGUGUGGGUAGUGACUGCGCUCUCUUCGCUGAUCUCUGUCAUCCUUGCCAUUGUGAUCCUCUUCCUGCGCAACUACAUCAGCUACUUAUUUACAGAGGGUGAGGUGGUGUCGAACGCGGUGGCAGAUCUCUGCCCUCUGCUCGCCACCACGCUCAUUCUCAAUGGCAUCCAACCUGUUCUGUCAGGUGUCGCUGUUGGAUGUGGAUGGCAACAAUUUGUAGCUUACGUGAACAUCGGCUGUUACUACAUAGUCGGUGUUCCCCUUGGCGCCCUUCUCGGGUUCUUCUUCAAGCUCGGCAUAAAGGGCAUUUGGGGUGGAAUGAUUGGAGGAACAUGCAUGCAGACGGCCAUUUUGUUGUGGGUUACCUUGAGAACUGAUUGGAACAAAGAGGUGGAGGAAGCACAGAAAAGACUGAACAAGUGGGAGGACAAGAAGACGGAGCCCCUUCUCGCAGGUGUCAGCAACGACAAUUAACUGCAUCAUCCAGAUCAGUUUCCAAUUCAACCAUCCAUCAUUAUACAUUGGAAGGGCCAAAGUACAGGACAAUGACAGACCGUGCAACGUGCUCCCAACUACCGAAUGCUCAGAUACUGUUUGCAGUAACAGUAUUGAUGUCAAGUAAUGGAUAAUUUUUACUUUUGAUUGGAGGCAUCUCGAUGUAGAAGACUGUACUCAAAUCAUGAAAAAUUUGCAGCACAACGAGGGGAAGUUGUAGAAUGAGAUGAUCCGUCUUUUCUGAUUUU